AGGACGUCACCUCCUCCCCCACACCUCCCACUCUGCUCAGCUCCUCCGCCGGGGAAACAGUGCUCGGACAGCGGCUGCCAUUUGGCGCAGUGUUGAGCUCCAGCAGUCAUCUAAUUUAUUUCUCCGCCGCGUUCGUUCGUUUUAUUUAAUAGAUCUCCGUCGUCGAACAGUCACAAUGAGCUCAAUCAACGUCAAAAAGCUGAAAGUCAACGAGCUGAAGGACGAGCUGAAAAAGCGCGAUCUCUCGGACAAGGGGCUGAAGGCCGAGCUGAUGGACCGCCUGCAGGCCGCGCUGGACGACGAGGCCUUCGCCGGCGACUCCCCGCUGGACCAAGAAGCCGCGGCGGGCGAGGGUCUCGGCCAGGCCGCCGACGCGGAGUGUAUGGGAGAGGAAGAAGAGGGCGAGGGCCCGGUAGAAGAAAGCAUGGAGGCCAACGAGGAGGAGGAGGAGGAAGAAGAAGAGGAGGAAGAGGAAGAAGAAGUAGAGCAAGAAGCAGAGCCGGAGCCAGAGAACGGGGGCGAUGCUGAACGCGCUGCCGAGGACGAGGAAAUGGGCGAAGGGGAAGAGGAGGCGGACGAGGACGACGAGAUGGAUCCCAUGCUCAAGGGAGAUGUGGACGACAUGGAGAAAAUCGACACGGAGGAUGGUGAGCCCGGGGACCAGGCUGCAGAGGGGGAUGCGGACAAAGACACGAAUGCUGAUCAGAAGAAUAAGAAGGGUGUUAAGAGACGCCGGGAGGAACAUGGAAGGGGCUACUUUGAAUUUAUUGAAGAGAACAAAUACAGCUGGGCUUCAUUUAAGUCUCCUGUGCCACCUCUGGAGGAGGAAGAUGAGGAGUUUGAUGACACUAAAGUCUGUCUGGAUACCUACAACUGCGACCUGCACUUUAAGGUGUCACGGGACCGUUACAGCGCCUCAUCUCUCACAAUGGAGAGUUUUGCUUACCUCUGGUCUGGAGGCAAGGCUACCUAUGGUGUGAACAAGGGCAAAGCCUGCUUUGAGAUGAAGAUUACAGAGAAAAUCCCCGUGAAGCACAUUUCCAGCAAGAACAUGGAGAUCCAUGAUGUGCAGGUUGGCUGGUCCCUGGCUACUGGCACCCUGCUCCUGGGUGAGGAGCUGCAUUCAUACGCCUACUCUGGGAAAGCCAAGAAGACCACCAAUUGUGUGACUGAGGACUUUGGAGAAACUUAUGAGGAGAGUGAUGUCAUCUGCUGCCUUAUUGACUUUGAAGGUGAGGAGGUGGUGCUGUCCUUCUCUAAGAACGGUGGGGAUCCCGUCAUGGCUUUCCAGUUCAACAAGGACACACUGAAUGGCCAGGCCCUUUUCCCCCACGUCAUCUGCCACAACUGUGCCGUGGAGUUCAACUUUGGUCAGAUGGAGACUCCUUACUUCCCCCAGCCCCAGGGCUACACCUUCCUGCAACAGAUCGAUGUCAGUGAGCGGGUCCGGGGACUUAAGGGUCCACAGACCAAGGCAGACUGCGAGAUCGUAGUGAUGGUUGGUCUGCCAGGAUCGGGGAAGACCACAUGGGUGAAGAGCCAUGUACAGGAGAACCCUGGAAAAUAUUACAUCCUUGGCAGUGACACCAUUGUGGACAAGAUGAUGAUUAACAGCCUGAAACGCCAGUCAAAGGACAUUACAAAGCUGACAGCCAUUUCCCAGCGAGCGCCACUUUUCUUGGGAAAGUUCAUUGAGAUUGCUGCCCGCAAGAAGAGAAACUACAUCCUGGAUCAUACCAACUUGUCUGCCCCGGGCCAGAAGAGGAAGAUGUGUCUGUUUGCAGGCUUCCAGCGUAAAGCUGUAGUGGUCUGCCCCUCUGACGACGACUACAAGGAGAGAGUCCAGAAGAAGGUGGAGAGUGAUGGCAAAGAAGUGCCUGAGCAUGCUGUCCUCAAAAUGAAAGGCUUCUUCUCUCUGCCUGAGGAGGGGGAGAGCUUCAGUGAGAUUGUCUAUGCUGAGAUGCAGAAGGAGGAGGCUGCCAAGCUGCUGGAACAAUACAAAGAGGAAAGCAAGACUGCCCUGCCUGCUGAGAAAAAACCCAAUCAGGGAAGCACAACACCAAAAAGAGGUGGAGGCCUUCGCGGCGGUGGCCGAGGAGGCAAGAACCAGUUUGGCCGCGGCGGUGGACCUGGACAGAGAGGUGGUGGCCGUGGAGGCUUCCAGAACAGAGGCAACUUUAGAGGAGCUCCUGGUCCUCGUGGCGGCUUCAACCGCCCACCUCGUGGCUUCCUGCCACCCCCAGCCUUCAGGGGAGGAUUCCCUAACCGCGGAAACUUCAACCGGGGUGGCGGCGGCCCCCUUCCCAGCCUGGGUGGAUCCCCCAGGGGGCCCCCAAUGAGGGGUAACAUGGGACCCAGAGGAGGACACAUGAACAGAGGCGGCCCAAUGCACAGAGGCAACAUGAACAGAGGAGGAGGAGGUGGAGCCAGCAUGAGUCGUGGUGGAAACAGGGGACAUCCCAACCAGUUUCAGCCGAGAGGUGGUAACCGUGGCAACUUUGGCAACAAGAAUGGCAACUUUGGAAACAACAGGAACAGCGGAAGCUUUGGCGGAAACAGAAAUGGCAUGGAUAAGGCCCAAGCUUUCAACCAGAGCUGGCAGCAAGGGUUUUGGAACCAGAAGCCCUGGAGCCAGCAGUAUCAGCCUGGAUAUUACUAAGACACUUGUUCUAACGGACUGGUGGCCGACACAGAGAUCCACCUCUUGCCACGGAACAUCCCUCCAUCCCGCUAUCUGAUUUUUUUAUUUUAAUUACUCGUUCAUUUUUAUUCUUGUCCUCAAUCCCACUCUAAUUAAUCUAAACCCCACCCAUUGACUGCCAAGACUGAAGAGAUAUGGAGCAACAACAUUCCACAUCAGAGAGACCAGGCAGCCAGAGUGUAAAUCAGAGCUUUAUAUAUGAUAUCUGUAUACACAUGUACAACGUGGGUUUGGUCUCGUUCAAUUAUCUGAUUUAUUUCUUUUGUCCUUUAGUUGUAUAUUUGAUUCAUCUUUUUGACCACUUUUAACUGACAUGCUUUUAAAAAAGUAAUCUGUAAGAUCAGAAACAUUUCCCUCCUGGCAGAUGCAAGAUUCUUUUCAGGGUUGUGCAUUUUAUCUGUGCUGUGGUUUUUUUGUUUUUGCUUUUUUAUUACAAAUUGUAAAUAUUUUUUUUUGGUUUUCCAUAGUCUGUAUGAGAAGUUUAAGAAAUGGUAUUGAUUGAAAGGAGCCGUAGCUUCUGACGAGAAGCAUGGUAGCUGAUUAUAUUGUUAGACUGUACAUGUCAAUAGAGUCCACUGUUGAACAGUUGAAGUGAAGAUUAAUUACAGUGACUUUUUUUGUCUUUUGUUCCCCCUAGCAAACCUGUAACCUAAACUCCAUAGACCUACAAUAAACAACUCGAUGGCUUUUUAACAUU